AUGGUCUACUAUGUUCGAUUCCUGAAAGUCCCCAGGAUUCAGCAACAGAAAGGGUCCAUCUACCUCUCUGCUCUCAUCUGCAUCACCACUGACCUGGGAGACUCUUUUCUCGCCGAAGAUAUUGAUUUGAUGUUGAUAGCUGAGAAUUCCUCUGGUCUUACGUUUCAGAAAACGACACAAUGGAAUGCUAGUAAUCGCGAACUUGCUGUUACUCUGGGUCCCUUCCCAUCAAAACUGGCUAAGCAGUCCAUGGUAUUGACAGUGAAAGUGCCGCACCCACCAGAAUACGCUAUACCCAAGUAUCCCUCCAUACCAUUAGUUGUUGCUGCAACAAGUGCUCCAUUUGGGCCCCACUCGACGCCAGCGGAAAUGUUGGUUCAACGGCAAAUCCAAUACAGCGGGAACGAACCGAUCCCCAUAAGAAUCUGGGAAGAGACAGGAAACAGCAUUGCUCGACACAUAUGGGAUUUAUCCAGGGAUGCGGGCCUCGCAACAGUGACAUAUCUUCACAUGAUCUGUGAGAAUAUAAAGAAGAAGAACAAAAGUGCUGAACCUAAAAUACCAGCCUUGAAGCAGGUCCUGUCUAACGUCCGCAACCAACCUCUCCAGGUAGUUGAGCUCGGGGCAGGAUGUGGGAUAGCGGGAAUUGCAUUGGCAUCAAUGCUUCCUAACUGUUCGGUCUUGCUCACGGACCUCCCUGAGGUUGAGGACAUCAUAACACGCAAUAUCAAUGCUGCUAGACUCGCAACCCUGUCCAGUCUUCACUAUCAAAACCUUGACUGGGACAACCCACCAGAGGAGCUCUGCCCUCGGCCCAUUGAGCUCAUUCUUGUCUCUGACUGUACCUACAACGCAGACAGCUUGCCAGCGCUGGUCUCUACGCUUGACCGAUUGGUUCGGACAUCGCCAGAGGCAAUCAUCUUGGUGGCUCUGAAGAGACGACAUGACAGCGAAACAAUUUUUUUUGACUUGAUGGGAUCGGCGGGAUUUACGGCGGUGCAGGACAGCGUCGAGAUCCCCUCGCAACACGACGAUGUGGAUGAGAUCGAGUUCUACUGUUACAGUCGAUGA